AUGGACCAUGCACGCAUUCUAAGUUUUCUAAACUCUUUACAGAAAUAAGCUUGUACUCAAUAAAUGGAUAAUGCACAAUGUCCCAAGGAAUCUUUGAAGAGUUUAUAUGAGAAAUUCACGAAAGAAUAUUCAUUGCAAAGAGCUAGGGUAAGAAAUUAUGGGAUUAUUAAUUUAGACCUUGAGUAGAGAAGAGAGGGUGGCCAAUCAUUUGACAUCCAAUUCUCUUUCGUAUGGGGAAAUAGUAAGUAAAUAUGCUUAAAACAAAAGGAAUUCACAUCUUUAUCUGUGGUCUUCCAAUAGGUUUCACCAAAGAAAGGGGGAGUCUUUUAUGAUUUAGGCAGUGGCAUUGGUAAGAGUGUGAUUGCUGCAUCAUUGAUGCAUUAAUUCGAUAUUUGUAAAGGCAUUGAAUUUUUGCAUUCUUUGCAUGAGCAAGCUUGCAAACUAAAGUAGGAAGUGGAAAAACAGAAAUCUCUAAUUGAAGAAGAAAUGGAAUAAAUUGGAAUUAAAGAUUAUCAUUAACCCAAAAUCGAAUUUAUCAAUGGAGAUUUCCAAGAGUUGGAUUGGAGUGAUGGCACCUUCUUGUUUGCUUCAACUACUUGUUUCGAACCAGAUCUAAUGAACCAAUUGAGUAAAAAGGCUGAAGAUUUGAAGGAGGGAUCUUAUUUCAUUACUGUUACUAAAACACUGGAACCCUAGACUUGUUGGGAUCUAAUCAAGUCUAUUUAGGUGUAAUUGUCUUGGGGCAAAAGAAAAUGA